AUGGAGUUUGAGAUUGAGGCACGACUAGUCAAUGCUGAUGAUGGUCUAGGAGUGGAAGAUGUGACUGCAGAUAGCAGGACAAGCAAAGUGGUAGUGAAAGGAAAGGCAGCAGACCCCAUAAAGGUGCGUGAGAGGCUACAAAAGAAAAGUGGUAAGAAAGUGGAGCUCAUUUCACCGUUGCCAAAACCUCCAGAGGAGAAAAAGGAAGAAACCAAAGAAGCACCUAAAGAGGAGAAAAAAGAUGAGCCUCCUUCUGUGGUAACAGUUGUGCUAAAAAUUCGAAUGCAUUGUGAAGCAUGUGCUCAAGGUAUACAGAAGCGAAUCCGCAAGAUUAAAGGAGUGGAAUCCGUGGAAACAGAUUUGGCAAAUGAUCAAGUCAUCGUAAAAGGUGUGAUCGACCCUGCGAAGCUUGUUGAUCAUGUAUAUAAGAGGACCAAAAAGCAAGCCUCUAUUGUGAAGGACGAAGAAAAAAAGGAAGAAGAAAAGAAAGAAGAGGAGAAAAAGGAAGAGAAAAAAGAAGGUGGAGAAGAACAUAAGGGAGAAGAAGAAGACAACAAAACUGAAAUCAAGCGAAGUGAGUUCUGGCCAGCCAAAAACUACAUCGACUACGCAUAUGACCCUCAGUUUUUCAGCGACGAGAACCCAAAUGCAUGCUCUGUUAUGUAA